UUGGGUAGCGGCUCAUGAAAGCGGUGCCACCUUUUUAUAGGGUGCGGAGGGGCCCGAGAGCCACGGAGCCCAGGGCCCUGGCAAAAUAAACCUCUACUGGGUCCCACGCGUCCCAGCCGGGCGGCUAGCCCCGCACCCGCCAUCCCAUGCAUGGCCCGGGCGACACUCGACAUGAACGCGACGGGGCUCGAAGCUCGCGGCGGGGGCCACAUAGAGCACGGGCCACUCCCCUUCAGCGUCGAGUCACUGCUGGAGGCUGAGCGCAUACCGGGCUCCGAGUCUGGGGAGCUGGGGGAGGAGAGGCCUCCCGGCGCCUCGAAGCCUGGAACCUGGCCCCCUCUGGUCGCACACUCGUGCCCCCCACGUGCCCCCAGCCCUCCACCCUGCACCCUCCGCAAACACAAAACCAAUCGCAAACCACGGACGCCCUUCACCACCGCGCAGCUGCUGGCGCUGGAGCGCAAGUUCCACCAGAAGCAGUACUUGUCCAUUGCGGAGCGCGCCGAGUUCUCCAGCAGCUUGAGCCUCACUGAGACUCAGGUCAAGAUCUGGUUUCAGAACCGCCGAGCCAAGGCCAAGCGGCUGCAGGAGGCUGAGCUGGAGAAGCUGAAGCUGGCAGCCAAGCCACUACUGCCGGCGGCGUUUGCCCUGCCCUUCCCGCUGGGCACCCAGCUGCACAGCUCUGCCGCCACUUUCGGGGGAAACGCGGUUCCUGGGAUCCUUGCCGGGCCGGUCGCGGCCUAUGGCAUGUACUACUUGUCUUAGACCAUGGGAUCAAAUCCUAACCUCUUGUUUAGGCUCAGGGUUGAGCCACAGUUCCGCCCGCCGCUGAUGCUCCUGGUAACUUUUGACCUCUCAUUUUAGUUUUGUUUGUUUGUUUUGUUUUGUUUUGUUUCUGUUUUUCUUCUGUUUAUACGAUGUUAUACUUGACGACUGGAGCCUAUUUAUAGACAUCUAUUUUAAAUCUUCCUAAAACCAUGUCCGUACCAAUCUGUUUUUCUGAACGAAAACACAACUUCAUAACAGUCCUUGAAACCGACAAAAGCAGAUCUUCCGAUUUCAAACAAAGCAGUCGACAAAGUACUUCUGGGGCGGUGUGCUCCCUGUGUUCACUCUGCCCCUACGCCGAGGACUUCAGAGAGGCUCGAUUGAGCUGGCAUAAGAAAACAAACUCCAUAAGAAGAAGUUUAAAUAAAAAAAUGAGAUAAUCAGACCGCUAGGAAGACACUUAGAAAUUACUCUCUCUCCAACUAAAUGUAUGUUGUGACUAAACGGAAACUUUUACACGUUUUAGGUUUUACUCCAUUAUUAUUUUUUAGAGUAUAUGUCGUUCAAGGAACUAGAGGCAAAUGCUGAAUGGAUGCCCCAAAGUAAGGGUGGCUGCUGGGCAGCAUCUUCUGAGCUCCGAAAAGAGCCUGGAGACCGGAGGGCUGAAGGCAGAAGGCAGCAGGCAGCAGGGACCAGACUCUAGCUUCUUGCCAGUAGGUGUCCAAUCAAUAAAGAGGAGAAUGUGAGGGUUGAAGGUCCCAGACCUCCUUUGUGGGUGCAGUGGGACCUGCGAUGGUCCCAAAAGAGUUACUCUGAGUGCCAGCUGCCCCUGUAAUCCUGAUGCGCCUUAGAAAAACAGUGGACUUGUUUAGGAAUCUGGACUUGUUCCUUUAUUCUACCUUUAUCUGAGGAAAGAAAAGAGACCAUCUGAGUUGCUCUGGCCCGUUGCCCCUGAUGGAUUCUCAAUCCUAUCAUGCAAGAUUGAGGCCCUUUGGGUACCUGACAAUGGGCACUGAUAAAUCCCAUGGCUGUUUCCACAGUAAGCUUUUGCUACAUACUGAAGACUUUAGCUGGAGUGUGUUGAGGGUUCACAAAGGUCCCCUGUAGUCAUAGGCCAGUACCAUCGACAAGCCCCUUCUUCCAGCCUUCAAGCUGGAGAGGAAGAACCUGGCUGCAGAGGUCUGCUGGGUAUGUGUUCAUGAAGACCAGGAAUUUCACGGUGAUGGAGGGCCCUGGGUUAGGAUGUUCUGGUUGGGAGGAGGGGAAAGACUGGGCUAUGCUCAGCAAUCCAAGCCAACUCCAGGAAAACUGCUAUCCUGUGACCUUCACUGGUCCGUCAGCUCCAAAUAAAAAAGAAAAGAUAAUAUUGCAUGGAAUUGCCUAUUGAUACAUAUUGACAUUCUUCUGCCCUGUGUCUCUUGGAAAAAUGGAAACCAGAUAGGUUUGGUUUGGUUUUGAGACAAAAAUCUUCACUAUGUAGCCCUAACUAACCUAGGAGUUGCUAUUCUCCAAGGAAGACUUUAGAUUCACAAAGGUCCAAGUGCUGGGAUUAAAGACAUACCACAAUAUCCA